AUGGACCCUUACGGCUCAGACAGCGAGUCUGUUUCCGAAUUCGAGCGUCUCGAAUCGACCCUCCCGCAACCGCUUCGGCGCUCAGCAUCGUCCCUUUUGGAGAAACUCACCAAUGGCUCUCAGACGCACUUGCUGAAUCUUCACUUGGACUCGCCCACCCCUCGUGUUCCUCACCAUGCAACUCCUCUGAACUCCUUGGGAGGCCAGCAGCGUGUUCAUCAUCAGAAUUUGCUUCGAAAACUCUCGAUGUCGGAGAAUGGCAGAGAAAGCUCGCCUAUUCCAGUUCCCAGACCUGCCUUCAACGAGGAGAUCCACAAACCGGCCAUGAACACGAAACAGUCUUCAACAGGUGUGUUGUGGGUCACAGAGAGGGCUAAUGAGUACGGCUUCAAGGGCAACGGCGACGACUCGUGGGCCAAUUUGGGCCAGGGUGCUCCAGAACAUGGCGAUACGAUCCCUGGUUCUUUCAAACGCCCUAAGCUGAUAGAAGUUCCCGACAUCAGCAGAGAGUAUGCGCCCACUGCAGGCGUCAGAGAGCUUCGUGAGGCCGUGGCAAACUUGUAUAAUUCCCUCUAUCGUGAAGGGAAGGAGUCUAAGUAUACUUACAAGAACGUGUGUAUUGUGCCUGGCGGCAGAGCAGGCUUGAUCAGAAUCGCCUCGAUCAUCAGCGAUUGUUACUUGUCGUUCUUUCUUCCCGACUACACUGCCUACGCAGAGAUGCUUUCGCUUUUCAAGAACUUCUCCCCCAUUCCAGUGCCAUUAGACGAGGUGGACAACUAUGAGAUGCACUUGAACCACAUCGAUCUCGAGUUGAAGCGUGGUGUUUCUGCAUUUCUCACCUCGAACCCUAGAAACCCCACUGGCAGGUGUAUGACACCCGACCAGUUGAGAAGACUCCAUAAAAUUUGUAGAGAAAAGUGCCUUUUGAUCAUGGACGAAUUCUACUCGCACUACUACUACGACGAUGGGUGCACGGGGUCGUCGAUUUCCUCGGCUCAGUACGUCAAGGAUGUCAACAAAGACCCAGUAUUGAUCUUGAACGGGCUCACCAAGGCAUUCAGGUUGCCUGGAUGGCGUAUAUGCUGGAUCUUAGGUCCUGAAGAGUACAUCAACGCCUUGAGUUCCGCUGGGUCGUAUUUGGAUGGUGGCUCCAAUGCUCCCUUCCAAUACGCAGCCAUCGAUUUCUUGAAGCCAUUGGCGGUCAAGGCUGAGAUGAAGGCCCUUCAGUUGCAUUUCAAGAUGAAGAGAGACUACAUCAUCAAUCGUCUAAGUGCCAUGGGGUUCCCAUUUAGCGAAAAGAACAUUCCUAACUCGACUUUUUACUUGUGGCUCAAUCUCUCGCACUUGCCAGGAAAGCUUAGCAACUGUUUGGGUUUCUUCCAUGAGUGCCUCCAUGAGAAGGUGAUCGUUGUGCCUGGCUUUUUCUUCUUAAUCAACCCUCAGAACUUGAGUAGACUAGAGGACGUGAUCUGGUACAAUUAUGUGCGUAUCAGUUAUGGACCUGAGUUGCCUCAAUUAGAGAAAGGCAUGGAUGGGGUCGAGCGUAUUCUUCGUCGUUUCAACGCCUUGCCCGCCAAUUACGACACUAAGUGA